AUGGAGCGGCCGGGAUUCAGGGAGAGCCCUUUCCUGCCGCCCUCCCGCAGCCGCUCCCGCGGCUCCUGCCACCAUUUGGCCUUUGUGGAAGGAGCGUCGGAGCUUCCUGCGGCCGUCCCGCCCCCGCCGCGGCCGUGGGCAGCGGUAACCAGAGACAACCUUGGGCUUCCCGAGCUGCGAAAAGUUACACUCCUCCCCCUUCCUCCCUCCGCCCGGCUCGCUCGGACCCCGGCCGGGCUAAUUAUAACUGCGCGAACAACUUCCACCGCCGGCCGCGCUCCGGCCGCUCCCCCCGCGCCCAGCCCGGCUCCCCGGGGCCGCCGCACCCGCGCCCCGGCGCCGCUCUGCCCCCGGCCCCAGCCCGGCUUCCCGGGGCCGCCGUCUGUCCGCCCCGCACCGCCCCGGGGCCCGCCGUCCGCUCCACCUGUCCCCGCUGUCCCUCCUCUCCCACCGCACCGCCGGCUGCCCCUCCGCCCCUCACCGGCAGGGCCCCCGCCCCGUCGGGGCUCCCGCCGCCCCCGCCUCGGCCUCCCGCCGUGCCCCGCCGUCACCCCGCGACCGCCGCCGCCCUCCCCUGCCCGCGGCUGCCAGCCCCGCGCCCUCCCGCCGCCUCCCGCCCGGCGCCCCACCUGGGAGCGGAGGAAGCCCCGUUCGUUCGCGGCCGGCAGCGCUCCCUCCCUUCGCCGGGGCUGGGACUCGGGCCGGGAGGAGGCGGAGGCAGCACCACCCCCGCCGGGCCCCGGCAGCCUCCGCUCCGCCCUUCCCUCCGCCCGCGGCUCCCGCGGGGCGCUGCGUGCGCCGCGCGCGCCAGCUGCCCGCCCUCCCAUUGGCCGGCGGCCCUUUCAACCUGCCCGGCAACCAUUUUCUGACUGGCCGGCGAGCCUAGGGGGAGGGGCUACGGCUGGUCCCGCGGCACCGCCCAAUGAGCGAGCCGGGAGAGCCGGGGGGCGGGGCCGCGCGCCGGGCUCAGCCAAUGGGGGCGCGGGCGCCGCCGAGUCCCGCGUUCCCGGCGCAGCGCUCCGGGAGCGGCCCCGCCCUUGCUGCCGGGGUUGGCGGAGCGGCCGCGCCGGGCUCGGCUCCGCUCCGCAGCGCGCUGCUGCCGCACUUUGCGCCCUGAAACCACCGCACAGCCGCCGGCUAGUCCGCACCCAAGCCCACAGUCACCCCCGCUCCUCCCCCUGUUUUUUUUUGUAUAAACUCGCAGUCCGUCUGUGA